CUCUGGGAAAAACCUAACCCUAACUGAAUCUAUCAAACCCAUUGCUUGCCAUCCAACAGUUGGGAUUUCCGAAAUUGGAAUUGCUUCCCGCCAUGAAGGUUCCAGCCUCAGGCCGGUUAUUCACCUUCGGACUUGUAGCGUGCUGGUACUCGUCCAACAUUGGGGUGUUGCUUCUGAACAAGUACUUGCUGAGCAAUUAUGGGUUCAGACGGUGAGGUCGCGGGUCCAAUUUGUGAAGAUAUCGUCUUUGGGUCUUAUCUUCUGCUUGUCGGUAGUAGGCGGGAACAUUUCCCUCCGGUACCUGCCUGUGUCGUUUAACCAAGCGGUGGGUGCGACGACGCCUUUUUUCACUGCCGUGUUUGCUUACCUUAUGACUCUCAAGAGGGAGGGAUGGCUCACCUAUAUCACUCUCAUUCCUGUAGUUGCCGGCGUUAUGAUUGCCAGUGGGGGAGAGCCAAGUUUUCAUUUAUUUGGAUUUAUAAUGUGCGUUGGUGCUACAGCAGCUCGGGCACUUAAAACUGUGCUUCAAGGAGUCUUGCUGUCUUCUGAAGCGGAAAAGCUUAAUUCUAUGAACCUUCUUAUGUACAUGGCACCGGUGGCUGUUGCAUUCCUUCUUCCAGCGGCAAUAAUAAUGGAGGAAGAUGUUGUUGGAAUUACAAUUGCACUUGCCAGAGAUGAUUCAAGGAUUUUGUGGUUACUUAUAUUCAAUUCUGCAUUAGCAUAUUUAGUGAAUUUGACCAAUUUCUUGGUCACAAAGCACACCAGUGCCUUAACCCUGCAGGUCCUAGGAAAUGCUAAAGGAGCUGUAGCAGUUGUUAUCUCCAUUUUGAUAUUUAGGAAUCCUGUAUCAGUGACUGGAAUGCUUGGAUAUACUCUCACAGUUAUUGGAGUCGUCUUAUAUAGUGAAGCCAAGAAACGGAGUAAAUGAGGUACUUUUUAGCCAAUUAACCCCCAUUCUGCUACAAUGUUGUUUAUUAUGGCCAAGACUGCUUCUAUUCAUGUUGUAAGCCCUAUGUGCAGCACCUGGAAAUUUUAUCCUAACAACUUUUUUAGACCAAAUGUUGGAAGUUGGGCUAUUUGUCACAGUGAUGAGAAAUUCAGCAUUAAACUGAAGAACGAGUUGCUGAGAAAUAUUAGCCUUCCGAUUGGAACAAGAUUGGGAAUUUGGGAUUGGGAGUACUGGCGAAAGAUUUUGAUUCUAUUGUGUGGCAUUUCCCUUUAUUUCUUUAACGUUUUGUCAAAUACUUUGUCUAUUUAUUCAAUGGAAGGCAAUGUAAUUUAUGUGCUUAUGUGCCAUCAUUAAUGUGAGCUGCUAAUAAUGAUCGGUAAGAAAAAA